AACAUUCAAACAUUGACACUAUAAAAACCCAUUCACACACCCUCAAAUAAAAACACCCACAACACAAUAAAGCAUCUCUUGCCAGAAGAAGAAACAUUCUCUCUUGUUUUCUUCUUCUUCUCGGCAACUACCAAAUAAAACAUAUUCCCUAACAUACCCCCAAAAAAAUUAAAAAAAAUAUAUUAAAAAAAAAAAAAUCUUCUUCUUCAUCCAAUAUUAUGGGGUCCCACAAGAGCCUCUUCGCGGCGGCAUUGUUCGUCUGCAUGUUAGCCGGUGCAUUAGCGGAGGAUCCCUACCUCUUCUUCGACUGGAAAGUGACCUACGGCACCAUCGCGCCGCUCGGCGUACCUCAACAAGGUAUCUUAAUCAACGGCGAAUUCCCGGGCCCCGUAAUCAAUUGCACAUCCAACAACAACAUCGUCGUCAACGUAUUCAACUACCUCGACGAGCCGUUGCUCUUAACGUGGGCCGGUAUUCAGCAGAGGAAAAACUCGUGGCAGGACGGUACACCCGGCACAAUGUGUCCUAUUCUCCCCGGAACAAACUACACGUAUAAAUUCCAGGUCAAGGACCAAAUCGGAAGUUACAUUUACUUCCCGACCACCGGUCUUCAACGAGCCUCCGGUGGAAUGGGCAUGCUUAAGGUGCACAGCCGUGAACUAAUUCCUGUCCCGUUCGAUAUGCCUGCUGACGAAUUCGCCGUUCUUCUCGGCGAUUGGUACAACAAGGGACACAAAACUCUAAAGAGAAUUCUCGAUUCCGGCCGAUCUAUUGGCAAGCCUGACGGGAUCCAGAUCAACGGAAAGUCGAGCAGCGUCGGCGAUGCGGCGGCUCAGCCACUCGCAGUCAUGGAGCCAGGCAAGACGUACAGGUACAGAGUCUGCAACGUCGGGAUGAAGCUUUCGGUGAAUUUCAGAUUCCAGGGCCACACGAUGAAGCUGGUUGAAUUGGAAGGUUCGCACACCGUGCAAAAUGUAUACGAUUCGCUUGAUCUGCACGUCGGACAAUGUUUGUCGGUGCUUGUAACCGCCGAUCAGGCUCCCAAGGAUUACUACCUGGUUGUUUCGAGCAGAUUCUCGAAGAAGGUGAUGUCGACCGUGGCCGUGAUUAGAUACAAAAACGGCAACGGAGCUGCCUCGCUGUCGAUCCCGCCUCCUCCGGCCGAAAACAGGGCCGGAAUUGCGUGGUCGAUGAACCAAUUCCGAUCGUUCAGGUGGAAUCUCACCGCCAGCGCGGCCCGCCCUAACCCUCAGGGAUCGUACCACUACGGCAAAAUCAACAUCACACGCACAAUCAAAAUCGCCAACUCGCACGCAGUCGUUGACGGCAAGCUCCGAUUCGGAAUCAACGGAAUCUCCCACGUGAACACCGAAACACCGUUGAAGCUGGCGGAGUACUUCGGCCUCGGCGACAAGGUUUUCACCUACAAUUUGAUGAAGGACGAGCCAACAGAGGGCGAUAACAAACUCGCGCUCGCGCCGAGUGUGGUGAACGCGACCUUCAGGAACUUCGUCGAGAUCAUCUUCGAGAACCGCGAGAAGACCAUCCAAACGUGGCACCUCGACGGGUACUCAUUCUUCGCCGUCGCCGUCGAGCCAGGGAGGUGGGCGCCGGAGAAGAGGAAGAACUACAAUUUGCUUGACGCAGUCAGCAGGCACACGAUCCAGGUGUACCCUAAUUCGUGGGCCGCCGUGAUGACAACCCUAGAUAACGCCGGAAUGUGGAAUCUGAGAUCGGAUAUGUUGGAGAGGACUUAUUUGGGGCAGCAGUUUUACUUCAGCGUUCUCUCGCCGGAGAAUUCGUUGAGGGAUGAGUACAACAUUUUCCCCACGCAGCAGCUCUGCGGUAUUGUCAGUGGUCUGCCAAUGCCGGCGCCGUACCAUUAAUGGAAGGAAGGUUGAAGAAGAAGAAGCUAAUAUUUUAAUUAAUAUAUGAUGGCGAUGCUUUAGUUAAUUAGUAAUUUUUUAUUUUAUUCAUUUUAUUUGUUGGGGAGUUUUUUAUCUCCCUCGCUCUAUUUUUUGAUUAAUUAGAACUUUAUUUAUGUAAUAAUUUCUAUUAAUAAAUGAAGAAAUAA